AUGACUUCACGAGGUUGGUUUAGCCUCUCUGUCGAUCAAGCGCUCCCGCUAGACCUAGCGUCCCAUGACCUAGACUUUUCGACAUUGGACAUGGUUCGACCCUCAGUUAUGGAAGAGUUGCCGUUGCAGGAGCUUUCGGAUUUUCAACCACGUAACGCUGCUCUACCACCCUCUGACAUAACCGAGCUUUAUAAGCACAAUCAGCUACCAGAAAUGGACAAAGAUGCCGUUGAAUCGAGACAUUAUGACCCUACCUAUAUGAAUGCCGUUCCCAUUGAGAAUGUCGAGGCAGAGAAUCUGGCCCAUGUAGAAGAGGUUCCAGCUGAGCUGACAGAUAUUGUUUUCCAACUGGCAAGCCAAAUGCAGCUUAAUUCAAACUACCCUCAAUCCAUCGAACUGAGCAUCCCACCGGCACAUGUCCUCAAUGCGUGGGUUCAGUUAUACUUUGAACAUUUCCAUCCGAUAGUUCCUGUCCUGCAUAAACCAACGUUCUCUACUUCUGGAACAUAUCAAUUUCUUGUUUUUACGGUGGCUGCGAUCGGUACCCACUUUUCGCAGUUGAAGGGUGCAAACGCUUGUCUAAAAGCAAUGCAUGAAUUGAUACGGCGGUACACGUCCUACACGUUUGGCCUGUGCACUAUGAUGAGGGGUCGCUGGAAUGCUUCCAGUGCUCAGAAUUGGGCUAUUUUUGGGGAGGGAAAUGGUCUGGAAACUCAUACAACCCUGGGACAAGUGAUUCAGAAAAAGAGGUGGAAUUCAACUAUCUUGCAAUAUUUAACCAACAUCGUUAAAGAUAAAGGCGACAUCUCUCCAGGGUCUCCUACAUUCUCGCUGGAGGAAAGAAAUGAAGCCAUGAAAGUACUGGAGGGACUUUUAGAAGAAACAAGAGACGAAUGCUACGGGUUUUCAUUAUCUGAAGUCAAAGCAUCUGCCAUCCACCGUGUUAUGAUCCUCUCCGCGUUGACAAGUUAUCACACACCGACAUCAGAUAUUAUCUCUCACGCUAUAAAGGUAAUCUAUGGAAAGAUGGAUGAUAGCUCUUGGACCCAAAUUAUCGAUCGCUGGUCCGACUUCCCGUACCAAGGGCGCCUGGCAGUUCUCUAUGCGUUCACAGCAGCACUUGUCCUCUGGCUACAUGCAACGAUAUACGAUCGACUAAGACAGGGUCGGGAAUACCAAUUCCAAGUGCCUAUGGUUGUUCUAGAUUUUAAAAGUCUAAAUACCACGGCUACCAAGCAGUGGAUCUCGAAUGGGUCAAGCUGUAUCAAACCUGCGGGGGUUAGUAACCUUCUAAAUAGAAAGGGACGAUGCAAGAUUUUGGAAGACUCCGUUGUUAUCAUGCGAUCUCUCAAAGCCUGGGGCAUCAGCACUAUGUACGCACAGUUACUGGCGAGAGUACUAGACGCUGAAAAUAUGCGAACAGCGUGA